UUAGACCUCCCACCAGAGCAGAAGUCAGUCUCAGCCCCAGCCUCCUCCUCCUCCUCCUCCUCCUCCUCCUCCUCCUCCUCCUCCGCGUCUCCCCACGGGCCACUUCAGCAGGUCCCUAGGGCAGUCACUCCGACUCAGCAACCUCAGCCGCUGCAGGCCCCAGGACCGCAAUCCACGAGACCAGCGCCGAGCAUAGAUGAGCGGCAACGACAGGGCGUGGCUAUGGCCCGCGACAUUCUGGGUAAUCUCAUGACUAGCCCAACAGUACACUUCCUUCUUCCCCAGGCCCAUGUCAUGACUCACAAGGAGUGGGGAGUAAUCAAGAAGGUUUACGAGAAGAACCCUAGAGCCCGGGAUGACCUCUCAUAUCUUAGCGAAUGUCUGGAACGGGACGACUCCUCUUUUCCUGGCCGCGAGAUUGGAGAAUUGUUGUCGAUGCGUGAUGAUUAUGAUCGGCGGAUCUCAGCAGUUAUUCCUCCUCCCAAAGAAAUGCUUGAUACCUCCUUCGGCGAUCGUCCUAUCAACCAGAGCAUCAGCGCCACGUCGCGUCACCCUCCUACCAUGUGCGGUGACUCUGGAUACGGCUCCCUGGGGACGCAAUCAGUUGCUCCCAAACGCCUGGACUUCCACUAUGUCCAGGAAGAGACGGAGCAGGCGCAAACUGCAAUGAAUCCAGAAGAAGGCCAGGAGACAGGGACAGUAUUCUCCGACGCUGCGAGCCUCCUUCAACACCCGGACGUUGACAAGUAUAUCUCUGCGUUUGCCAAGGAGCUCGCAACGUCCAUACCGCCAGAGCUUUAUAACAACUACUUGGAUGCAGUUCCGUCAACACUGGACCACCUUCUUAAGUCCUUUGCUGUCAGACUCGGCCAUGAGAGCCCUGGUCGCCCCCAGCGGCAGUUGAUGUAUCUUGUCUAUAGGUUUCGGAGUGAAAUUGUCAGACGCCUCAAGCGUCAUCUCCGCACCCAAGACAAUCCUGAGCUUGAAUCAACUUCCGGAACCGGCGGCGUCCGAGACUCUUCCCUUAGCACCGAGCCCGGCAUGACAUUGAAUGAGAAGAUCAUGAUGUGGGAGAAGGAGUCCGAUGGCUCCAACAACCACUCUGCCGAUGAUUGCGAAGGUCGAGAUAUCGACCAUGCGACCCUAGACACCCUUGGCGACGUUGACAAUCUCGAUGGCUUCGAUGACUUCGAAUUCCCAGAACUGGCCAGAUAUCGUGAAAUCCUACGGGGGGCCUCGGCAUACCAGUGGCUCCAGUCCUCUCUCCGGGUUAGAGGGUCCCUGGAGGACCCUGAGGCAAACACGCACAUUGGGUAUCACCAUUUGGGGGCCGAGAUUAUAAGGGCUGCCACCAGCCGUAUCGGAAACUUCAGUCGGAAACGGACCCAAGACCUCGUGAUGCACUUCACAGUUGAUUGGGAUCCAAUUCUCUUCGCGCAAGAGCAGCAAUAUGAUGCACCGCUGAGAUGCGUGUUAGCACAGGCCAUUACCUUGACCGGGCACGGUAACAACCUGCAAGCUGCGACAUGUGAGAGCUACCUACAGCAGACGUGGCCCGAGUCAGGCCUGAAGAUUCUCUCCCUCCUUCAGACUGCGGUCGAGCGUGAAACAGAUGUUUGUAGUUCACUUUUGCCAGACAGAACACGCCUAGUUGCCUGCUUCAAUAACCACAAACUAAGUCUCAGUGUCGCUGGCAACACCUUUUCUGUCGCCGAAGUCGCCGAGCAAGUCGCCUGGAUAGGGGCUGCCCUCCGCUCCUCGCCCGCCGAUACCGCCGCCGCAUAUAGCACCGCGCACGUCACCGGUCUUGACUUUAGUAUCGGUACCACAAUCGAGAGCGCUGACAGGAUCAUCACUGUUGGCUGCUGCAACAUCGAGUUUAAAACCGAGAUCCUGCAAGACACGGAUCUCGCCACGGCAGGAAGGUGCUGGCGUGGCAUGUUUGGGAAUCCGGUCAUCGUCAGGGGAUAUCCGAUUCGACGCCGGGCCGAGCCGGACACAGGCCUUGAGAUCCCGCUAGACAUGGUGGCUGCGCUGACAAAAUGCCAGCGGGUUGUGAAUUUCGCCGGCACGACAUUUCUCAAGGGGUUUUCAGCCACGCUAACUGCUGUCCGGGUGGUUGGCGACGAGGUGCUUUGGCACCUCUGCUACAACCCUGGCGGGGAGUACAUUUCUUACGAGGAUUCCCGCGCCUCGAGGGGGGAUGAGACUCUGCCUCUCGGGACCCUGGUUAAGGCUCGCCAUAUUGUUGGUUGGAGUAACCAUGUUAGGAACCAUGUCGGUGCCCCCGACGCGAACUAUGACAUCGAAUGGACCGAGCUCCAGGAGCCUAGUUCCAGUUACGUACUCGAAAAGGUCACCCUUUCCGGUUCAGUUCCGUUCAUCACACCAGGCGGGAGCUUCCUUGUCGGGGUCAAAGACAAGCCGCUCCAUAUCGGCUUCGGCAGUGGUGACGACUACCUGGGGACACUCAUGGCCAUCGUCAAGCGAUAUUUUGUCUUUUACGACAGUGAGGAAAAGCGUGCCUGGCUUGUCGACGGAGCAAGUGCCGUUCUCCAUCUUCUGCGCGCCUACCUCAAGUUCUAUGUUGAGGACCGUAUCGUCAGCAGCUACUUCAUGUACAGCGAUGGCGAUCUCACAGAAGCCGGGCCUGGCGUGGAAUACACCGGGGCCAGAGCCGCCUUUGACAUCCUAACUAACCCCAGGAACCAAAGGCUGCCGCUGUACCCAAAAGGCUCCGUGGAGACAGAGGAAAGGACGACGAGACUCGGAAAGGCGCUGGACGCUGCCGACUCCACGACCUUCAAGACAACGAGUUCCAAUUUCACGCUCAAAGACCGGGUCGAACAGAUCUGCUUUGUGCUGCUGCAAGCCACCGCAUACCACGACGAUAUGAACUCGCGGGACGGCUUUGGGUUGCGCAUUAAAUCCUUGCCGCGGCAUCAGAUUGUUGGGUUUGAGUUCAUGGACGUAGCUACCAGACAGGAGACGCUGGUGCCGAAGGUGGCCACCAUACAGAGCAUGAGCGUGGGCUGGGUCCACCUCGUGCGGUCGCUACGCGCCGUGACGCUGUUCGGUGCCGGCUUCGGCGAACUGUUGCAGCCGGUGCGCGGCAAAGGCCAGGCGCAAGCAUGCUGCAGUGCAACAUCAUCAGUGCCCACGGGGCAGGGCCUUCUUGCCGUAUACGGAGCAGACCUUCACGAGAUGUUACGGACCGGGACCAAGCGCAGAAAUCCGUGGCGACUGGCGGGCGAUGUGCAUUGGCACUCGCCCGACGGUGUGGCAUUCCACGCCUGCAAGUGCAAAGCGCACCCCGGGAAACAACUAGACGGCUCCGAGGGUAAGAAGGAUGAUGUCGAUACAGAACGCACACCGCAAAAGAAGUGGCUGAGAGGGCUUUUCAGGAGACCUAAUGAAGGCGACGGGCGGGUUAAGCCGGGUAUCUCCGACAUGGUACAGGUUCUCCUACCCACCUCGUUUCCCGGACUGUAUGGCAGAGGGUUACGAAGCCCAACACGCAUCGUCCCAGAGGGCGCGGUGGUGUUCGGCCACUGCUGGAAAUAUCCGCUGCGUUGGAGCCUGACAAAGGACGUCCCGCCGGUACCAGGCGAGCCAGAGCCGGCCUCGGUAGAUGAGGUUUCUCGUUCGAUGUCCGACAGCGGCAUUGGGGAGAGUGUCGAAUCAUCGGACUCUGGACCAGCGCCGUCUUCUUCACAUCACUUGUACGGCUUGGGAAACAACGUCACGUUUCUCCAUCGUGACGGAAGCUUCCAGUCGAUUUCAAGCGAACCGCAAUCGAGUAAAGGGCUGGACAUCUCUGCCGGCGGCGCGGAAGCAGGUCAGCAUGCGGCUGAGGCUUGCCCGCCGUCUCGAACGGGUCAAAGAAAGCGUCCAGCUGUCUCGCUACAGUCAAGUGACUCUGGUGCAGCAACGAAGGUUAGACGGGUGAGUAGCGGAAGCAACGCUUUGGGUUGAAAUCAGUCAAGUAAGGUUCGUUCCCACCAUUGUACCGCGGUCUCGGCUUCCCGGUGCUAGUGCUUGUAUCCACCAAUUGGUAGCAUAUUGUUCUAUAUACUUGCAUACGGUGACCGUGGAGAACCACCGGCCGCGGCUUGUUGCUCUGGAGCCGUAAGCGGGUGAGCGAGCCCUACGGCGGGUAUUGACGUAUCAUAUUAUGCAGACGUAUAACUUUACAAGGCCAAAAUUCAGGUUUGACCAUGUAAGGAACAAGAUGGGAAAACAGAUGGGUAGCAAGUGCACAAUAUUGCGCGUCUUUGCAAGGCCAGGUUUCAAGCUUGUACAUCUAUAAAACAAAGUGGAGUUAUAUACGGGCUGCGCCUAUACAGGCUUAUAUACUUCCCUAGAGCUAAAGCCGUAGAUCUGUCCGCUCUAUCCUAGGGUAAAACGCCCCCGAGAAGGAGGAGACUAAGGCUUAGGAGUUAAGCAAUGCGAAG